CGAAAAAUGUCCUUUAAGGAGGUUCGGGAUCUGGCUGAACAUUUAAAAUUGUUGGGCUAUCCUCAGACAUUUCCCUUGCAAGCCCUUUCCUCCAGCUUUGGUUGCUUGGCCUCCUUCUAUGUGGUGGCUGACGUUCUGCAAUGGCUAGCUGGCCUUUUGGAACCAGGAGCUGUACUACCCGGUGGUGUUACCACUCAGGAUGAUAGAGUUCUGCUAAUACGUUCCGCCACAGAAUUUUUCGUAACCAAAUCAGCCAUCAAAUUGAAUCCACGUAAAUUGUAUGCUGCAUCAGCGGUGACAGCAGGAGAAUUGCAAAAAAUCACCCGUCUACUAAUUGCACCCGCAUCCACAGAGGAUGGCGAGGAAGAAGAAGAUAAUUAUCGUAGCCUAAAUCAAGUAGAUAUUGGUGAUAAAAUUGAAGAUUUACGUCGAGCUCGAGAACUCUCCUCAGAUUUAACCCAAAGGGGAGCUGUACUCUAUGAGCUGCUGCAAAAGGAAAUGAAUAAUAAAGAGGCACGUUUGGCCCAGGCUAAUCGACCCAUGGAAUUGGCUUCGGUGGAGAGAACCCUGAAAAAUGCUGUGGCCUCUGCCCAGCUAAAACUGCAAUCAAAUCGAGCCCAAUUGGAAAAUGCUCGUGUGGAGCUAAAUGCCCUACACUCUAAGCUGCAAAGGAAGAAGGCGGAAUUGGAGAGGACCAAACAACGUUUGGAAGCUUUGCAGAAAAUUCGUCCUGCUCAUAUGCAAGAAUUUGAGGAAUAUGAAAAGGAAUUGAAGAAUCUCUUUCAACAAUAUUUUCUACGGUUGCACAUACGUGAUGCAUUGAGGGCUCAGUUUGAAGCUCGCACAAAGAGGUCUUCACCCAUAUCCUCACCUUUGCUGCAAAAGGCAAAUGAAAAUUCAAUGCCCUUCAUACCGGAGGGCCUAUUGGCCGAUGAUGAUGAAGAUUUGGAUGAUGAUGAACCACGUUUGGAGGGUAAUUCGGGGUUGGAAAAUGACAUUCCCGAUGAGUUGCAACGGAAAACUACAACGGCUUCUAAUAAAAGGCCAGGCACAGCCACCUCACGUAUGCGUCCCACCACAGGACGUGGUCGUAAGGGUACAGCUUUGAUGAAUGCUGCCGCUGCUGCCAGAAAUGAAAUGAAUUCCGGCAAAUCGGAAAGUCAAGAUAUGGAAAAUGACAGUUCAUUUGGUAGUUCGGAUAGUGAUUUUGAUAUGGCUGAACUACUGGGUAUUAGCACCAAUGCUGCUGGAGGUGCAGUCUUGGGCACCAAUGAUGAUUUGGGGGAUGAUGAUUUUGAUUUGAAUUCUAUGGACAGUAUCAGUAUUUCGAAAAUCACUGGAGAGCUACAAGUCAGGCCGAAGACUGCUGUCAAACCGGAACAUCAUAGUGAUGAAGAUUUUUAA